GUUUGCCACUUUAUACCUCGUUGAAUUACCGCAUGGACGGAAAUGGGACUGACGAGACAGUAUUUAAGAUUUGUACCAGGUCCUGUUUUUGGUAUCGUUGGAAGUAUUUCUGCAAAGAUAAUUUUUGUGAACUAUAAAGGAACGAAAGGAAGAUUUGCAGCUACAGCUUCGUGCGAAAACGUGACCAUAUGGGAUACAAAAACUGGAGACAAGUUAUUAACACUUCAAGGAGAGAAGCAUGAAGUUACUUGCUUAAGUCGACAUCAUAAUGGUCAACAAAUAGCAGUGGGGUAUGCUGAUGGAGCUAUUCGUUUGUUUGAUCUCUCCUCUGGAAGAUGUGUUGUGACUUUUAAUGGUCACAAGUCUGCAGUUACCAGCUUAUCAUUUGACAGUGAUGGAAUGCGUUUAGUUUCAGGUGGGAAGGACACAGAAAUAGUUUUAUGGGACAUCAUCAAUGAGGCUGGUAUGUUUCGACUGAGGGGUCAUAAAGGAAUUGUCACAAAGUGCCACUUUAUGAAGAAUAGAAACAUUCUGGUAUCAAGCUCCAAAGACACGAUGGUAAAGUUUUGGAAUUUAGAUAGUCAGCAUUGUUUCAAAACUCUCGUUGGACACAGAAGUGAGGUUUGGGAUUUUGCCCUAAUACGGGAAGAUACACAAAUGAUCACAGGAUCUAGUGACAGUGAACUGCGUGUUUGGAACAUUAAUUGGCUUUCUGGUUCUGAAAUAAAUGACCAAAGUGUACCUGUGAUGAAAAAAUCUAAGACUGGAAAUGACGAUGAUGAAGAACUAAAUAAUAAUGAAGAUAGUCCAUUUACAUGUGAAAAACUGGGUACAAUAAUCAGAAAGGGGAAAAGUCGAGUCAUUUCGUUACAAGUGGAUGAAAAGGAAGCAGUUCUUGCUUGUCAUGGAACAGACAACAUUAUAGAAAUAUUCAAGCUUUGUAGUGAAGAAGAAGCUAAGAAACGACUAAUGAAACGACAGAGGAAAGAAAGAAAAAAGCUCCAAAAAUUACAAGAAACAGGAAAUGAAGCACAUUUAGAAGAAGUUACUUCAUCGAGAUCGUUGACUGAUGAGAUUCAGAGAUUACCGGUUUUAAAAGUUGGUAGUAAAGCCCGAGGAAUAGAUAUUUACAUGACAAAAGUCAAUAUUUCAAAGGUUGCAGUCCUCCUAAAUAACAACAGUAUUGAAGUAUACACAUCAGACAUCACAAACAAGGGAGUUUCUGGUCUCUGUGUGGGUGCAGUUAAAUUGCCUGGACACAGAACAGACGCUAGAACUUUAACUUUCAGCUCAGACAAUACUUCAAUCCUCUCAGCCAGUGGAGAAACUGUCAAAAUCUGGAACAGGUCUAGCCAACAGUGUAUUAGGACUAUGGACUGUGAUUAUGCACUAUGUUCCAUUUUUGCCCCUGGGGACAGACACUGCAUUGUCGGAACAAAGACUGGAAAAUUGCAGAUAUUUGAUAUUGGAGCUGGGAAACUCUUAGAAUCUGUUGAUGCUCACAGUGGAGCUGUUUGGUCAAUAUCCAUGUCUCCAGAUCAGCAUGGUGUUGUGUCUGGUAGUGAGGACAAAGAUGUGAAGUUUUGGGAUUUUGAACUGAUAAAGGAUGAAAAAUACUCUCAAACAAGUAAAAGGUUAACACUUGUCCACACUCGAACCUUGAAGAUGUCUGAGGAUGUGCUUUGUGUUUGCUACAGUAUUAUGUGCCUUCAGUUCAUCCCUAAAACACACAUGUUUUUCACUGGCAGCAAAGAUAAAACUGUGAAACAGUGGGAUGCAGAUAAUUUCCAGAAGAUUGUUACACUACAAGGUCAUCAAGCUGAGGUAUGGGCUUUAGCCAUAAGUCCAAAUGGUCAACAUGUCAUUACUGCUGCUCAUGAUAGAAGUCUUAGGCUGUGGGAAAAGACACAAGAGCCAUUAAUUUUAGAAGAAGAGGAGGAAAUGGAACGUGAAGCUGAAUUUGAAAAAGGAUUAGCCAGUGGAGAACAACCAAUAAUUCCUGGUGAAGUUAAUCAAGAAACAGGCCUAGCAGGUAAAAAAACGGUGGAGACAGUUAAGGCAGCUGAAACAUUAAUGGAAGCCCUAGAUGUAUACAAAGAAGAGGUGACCAAACAAGAUGAAUAUCAACGGGAAUGCUUAGUCACUGGAAAGGAGCUACCAUUUCCACCUCCUCAUCCUCUAAUGACACCAUACUCUACUAGAUGUCCCAAACGUUACAUGCUUGAAGUUAUAAGGCGAAUUAAGUCCAGUGAACUAGAAGAAACCUUACUUGUGUUACCCUUCCACUAUGUCUCAGCUUUGGUUAAAGUCUUGAAGAUUUUUUUGGACUUGGGAUGGGAUGUGGAACUCUCGUGCAGGGUUCUUUUUUUCCUACUCAGAAUCCAUUGUAGCCAGAUUACAGCCAAUCAUUCUCUACUUCCUGUGAUUGACCAACUCCGAAGAUUAACCUUGGAAAGGGUUAACAAAGAAAGAGAUACAGUUGGUUUUAAUUUAGCAGGAUUACAGUUUCUGCACAGAGAAUUUAACUCGCGUGAGGAAGUUACCUUAUUUGCUGAUGCCACGCAGAGAUUGCGGGAAAGGAAGAAAAGGCUGAAGAAGAAAGAACGUGCUUUACUUGUAGUUAAUUGACAGUUGUAUACUCUGUAACUUGAAUAAACACGAUUUUUGUUUUAA